AACAACCGCCUGGAGAGAGAAGAAGAGCAAACAUGGCGGCCUCCAUGCUGGUGCAGAGGGCAGCAGCGUUAUGUGGGACUUUUAAAGGCAUUUCUCUGUCCAAAGCAGUUCUUCCAGUGGCCUGUCAUCAUGGCGUUAUGCUACAGACUAGAUGUUAUAACCCCAAACCGCUGAAGCUCAACCUGCGGGACCCCUACAUCCCCGACAAGGAGAACGAAAAGACCCCGGAGUGGCAGAAGACGGCUCGCUAUGACAGGAAGCUGUUCGGCCGCUACGGCUCAGCCUCCGGCAUCGAGCCCGUGUCUCUGUGGCCUUCAGAGAAGGAGCUGCAGGAAAAGAUAGAGGAGGAGAAGGAGUGGAACCCUCCUUUAGAGGUGAUGCUAAAGAACAUAGAGGCCAAGGAGAAGGAGGAAACAGAGAGGAGGCGCGCAAAAGAAAAGCUCAUAGCGGCUAACAUGUCCAAGAUGCCCAAGAUGAUCGAAGACUGGCGGCGAGAAAAGCGCGAGACCAAACAGAAGCUGAAGGAGGAAAAGGCUCGAAAAGCGAAGCUGCUGGCCGAGGCGCGGGAGCGCUUCGGUUACAACGUGGACCCCCGCAGCCCCAAGUUCCUGGAGAUGGUGGCAGAGAUAGAGAAGGAGGAGAAGAAGAAGAGGAAACUGCUGAAGCGCAGGCUGAAGGAGGAGCAGGGAGCAGCUCCCCCUGCUGGCCAGUCAUAGUCAUGGACUCGGAUAUUCCUGAGCAACGCGGCGCCGCGUUUCCACAGCAGAUGUUAAAAAAUUACAACAUGCACUUAUGCAAUAAACUGUCAACAUGUG